AUCAGGUAAAAUAUCUAGUUGGUGAUGUAUAAUCUUGAAAAUACCUAACCAGAUUUUAUUUAAUCGUGCUGUACAGUCGGUUAAGUAACAUACAUUUGCAAAACAUUAGAAGAACUUAAUUUCUCACUGCUUUCUUUGUUACAGAAAUAGAAAUUUUAUCCCUAAAAGGUGAAAAGGCCAAAAUAGUCAUUUAGAAACUAUGCAUUGUUUGUUCCAUUCAGCAUGUGAUGUACUUAAUUUUAAGGUUUUUGCUGAAAAUAUCCGUGGAUUUGUAAUCCUCAAGCCCCUCCCCACAUUGCCUCAAGUAGGAUAAAACUUGCAGGUGCCAUGCAGGCCAUUCAUAACCUCACCACUUCGUCUCAAGCUAAGGAUGUUCCCUCUGAAUUUUCUCAGCUUGUUUUCCAUUGCUGUGACCACAGACCAUGAUGAGAAGAAGACGAAGAAGCAGCAGCAGCAGCAGGUGGUCAAAUAUGACAUCUCGUGCUUCAAAAGAGGGGAUUUGCUAGAGGUUCCUAGAACCCUCUUUACUCAUUUUGGAAUAUAUCUGGGGAACAAUCGCGUCGCUCACCUCAUACCUGAUAUCCUGCCUGCCUUUACCAGGGACAACAAAGCCCUGGAGAAAAUGGUCACAAAUAACCGGUUGAUUUUGGGCGUAAUAGCCAAAAGGGCGAGCGUCCGGGUGGACUCGGUGGAGGACUUUGCGUAUGGAGCAGAGAUUUUAGUUAACCACAUGGACAGGGUGUGCAGCCGACCACCGCUUGAAGGCGAAGAAGUGGCUAGGAGGGCUGAGAAGUUGUGGGGAUCGAUAGACUACAGUCUGCUGUGGUACAAUUGCGAGCAUUAUGUUAUGUACUGCAGAUACGGCACCAACAUUAGUUUCCAGACCUGCCAGUUCUGCAAAGCAGUGCGCAAGAUUGUAUGCAGCAAGACGGCAUCUCUCAUAAGCCUAUUGAUGUGCUGCUUCAUUAUGUUAUAUCUGGAGGCCUUGUCCAUAUUUGGUAUUUUACCCACAAUCUUCAUUCCCUUUACCAUUUGGAUGGCAUCCUGAAUCUCUGCGACAAACAAUAUUAACCACAAUUUGCUGAUGUGAUUGCAGACUAUAGGCUGUCGUCGUUUACGGUGUAUUAUUUAGUUUACUAUGACACUUUAUGUCCCCACAUCUUCUCCAAUGAGCCACUGUAACAUACACAGAUGUUCAUCACUCCAUAAAGUGUUGCUGCCUUAAAUUUGAAGUACUGUAUAAUCAAACUGACUGCACAAGUAAUUUCAAAUUACUAUUUUGUAUCUGAGGUAUUUUACUUUCUUUUAUAGUGACGAGUUGCUAGGUUUAAGGAAAAAAAAUGUUUUCAUGACUUAUUGAUGACAUCAUUUUUUACAAUAUUGUACAAGCUAAAUUAGCACUAAACCCAUGUAAUAAUGUGAUCUUUAAUGUGAGGUCAUAGCAUUUGUCAGGUAAUGUAUUUUCUGACUGUGUUAUGUAAUUUAUAAUAGCAUGCAUUGUCAUAAUAUUAAUUAAAGUACAGUUUUAUAUUA